ACAGGAAGUGAGAUUUGUGCAGAACUUGUGGGGUGAGUGGCUCACAGACAGUUGAGCUGUAGUCCUGGUGCUCAGGAGCAACAUACACACUGGUGAGGGGUCUGAAGAGCCCAGUCUCAGGCAACAUGGAGGAGGAGGUGAGGAAGAGAGGGAUACUCUACCUCCAGCAGCAGAAGUUUGGAAAGAAAUGGAAGAAGGUCUGGUCACUGGUGUACGGGGACAGCGGCUGCUCCGUGUCCAGGCUGGAGCUGUUAGAGUGGCGAGACGGCGCGGAGAGCAGCGAGCGGAAGCGCAGCAAGCGCGACAGCAGGAAGGUGAUCCGCAUGAGCGACCUGGUGCGUGUGGCUGAGGACAAAAUGGCCGCCUGUCCCCGAGGCUGCGGUGCCUUCCGCGUGGAGACCGCCGAAAAGAGCUUCCUCUUCGCCGCCGAGUCGUCCGAGCUGGGAGACUGGAGGCGGACACUGUGCGAGAUCGCCUUCCCGAUGAACCAAGGCCAGUGUGAGGACUCUAUGACCCAAGGCACCCCAGACUCUGGGAUGAUGGAGAACUCCAUAUACUGCACCUCUUCAGCGCUGAAAGAUUUCCCGAUCACAGUGAAGGUGACCGAGGCGUCUGCGAGGUGCCAGCUGAAGGGAUCCUUCAUCCUGAGGGUGGAUCUGCGGGCCAUUCACCUCCUGCACCCCAAGACUGGGGCCACGCGCUACACCUGGCCCUUCAAUUAUAUACGCAAGUUUGGCCUCCAACAGUCCACUUUCUCCAUUGAAGCCGGGCGCAUGAGUAAAUCCGGUGAGGGCGUCUUUGAGUUCCAGACCAAGCAGAACGAAAAGAUCUUCCAGGCUGUCGACGCUGCCAUCAACCUGCAGAGCAGCAAGGACAGGUCCCAAACCUGGGACCCAAGCCCCGGUCCUGUCGUCCUGGACGACGACGACAGCCUCUACAGUAAGGUCACCAAGGUGAGGAGGCCCCGCCCCCAAGCCAACGCCCUGCUCGCGGGAGUGGAGGAGAUGCCGCUGGACGAUGUGUCCGUCGGGGACUGGGGGUGGGGCAUGUCCCACCGCCCGUUGCCCACCCCCGGCUUCCCCCGGGAGCCCCCGCCGGGCAGACAGACGCCCCCCGACAGCCCCCAGCUCUCUGAGAACGAACCCGACUACGAGGAGGUGGACGUCGGCGCCAUGGCAACACAGGAGCCCCCGCCCACUUACGACAGCAUCUUCAGGGUCGGAGGUCCGGCCUUAGAAGAGUGCCCGUACGACAUGGCCGGCGCGAAUGCAAACCAUGGUCACAAGCUGAAGAGAAUGCUGACCAACCCCUGCUUUGAUUGCGAUGAGGUGGACUCAGACCCAAUGACGACCAUGUGAAAAAAGCCAUCAGAGAACUCCAGGGGCGUGGCCACAGGUGGGCGCAGGGUCUCCUGAAAAUCGGCUACCUGCACCACAGGCAGAAGUGACAUUUAGAAGUGUGCAUUAUCUUGCUGUGAAUUGACGGACAAUCUCGAAUAUAGUAACCAACGAGUGGAGACCUCCCACCCAACUCAGUACAGAGCAACAACAACAGGCAGAUGUUGACCAGCGUUGAGUCGUGUCUAUUGUCCAUGUUACUGGAGGCUUCCCUAGUUUCGGGAGACAACCCUCUGUGCCCUUCCCGUAACCCCCUCAGAGUCCAAGGUACACAGAUUGUGUUCGCUGUUCUGUGUUUAACCUGAAAAGAAUUAAAUGAACAGGCUUUUAGGGGACUAUCUGAAAUCGCACACUGACCUUGGUCACUCACGUGGCGGCCAUUUUGUUUUCCUUGUUUUCACUUUGUGUCUUUCUGAUAAGAAAUAUUGCACUGGGCCUUACAAUCAAUAAAAGCAAUUAAAGGAAAAGCAGGGUGCAGGGUGACCUUUACUACAGGAGAGAUGGAGAAAUAAAGGAUGGAUUUGGCAGAUUGUUCAGUUGGAGGAAAGGUCUCAGUCAAAGGAACCUGUUGGCCAGAAGUUCAACCAUUGUUACUCUGAAAAAGACUAUUAAUAUUAUUAUAUUUAAUAUUCCUCCAGCCAUGUGUACUGCAAAUGUCUCAUGAUUCAACCAAUUGUUGGUUUAAAAAUGAAUGGGACUAAACCAUAUGUUUAGCUACUUACUUCGAUUCUGUUUUUCUGUUCCUGCUGGUGAAAAAAACCCAAAAAGAAAAGGCUUUCUCUAUCA